AUGCACGAACGAUUUGCUUUCGUGGCUUUUUCAAUUUAUCCGUACGUGAGGAGGCUGCCGCUACCUGAGAAGUGGCGUGGUUGCAGAGAUGAAGAACUGUCGAAGAUAAGCUCAAUUCCGGAUUGUAUCUUCGUGCAUAUGAGCGGUUUCAUUGGUGGGAAUAAACGUCGUGAAGGUGCCAUUCAGAUGGCCAAACGUUCACUGGAGUUGGCUGGGAAAUAUAAGCCUGAAACUUGA